AUGAGCAUCACCUUCCAGCGGUUCAUCCUUCAGUCUGGGUUUACUUUCCAAUCUUCAACUAUCACCAGAAACUAUGGUUAUUUUCAUUUCUUCCCCAGGAAAAGAAGAUUUUGUGCAUGCACCCUCUCUUUAUCUCAGAAGAAGUCAAGUGAGGAGCUACUGGUGGUGGUAGGAGGUGGAGCAGCUGGAAUAUAUGGAGCAAUUAUGGCUAAAACUACUGCACCCAAUCUUCAAGUGGUGGUUAUUGAGAAAGGGAAGCCUCUAUCAAAGGUUAAAAUUUCUGGAGGCGGCCGAUGCAAUGUGACAAAUGGGAAUUUUGCUGACAAUAUGACCAUUAUCCAAGGGGUAACAAGGAACUGA